AUGGUAACAACCAUCUCAGUCCCAGAGACGGACAGCCGCAACGGUUACCUCCCAACCAGUCAUCCUAAUCCUUCACUCCAAGUAACGGCCGACCAUCGAAUAAAGAUCGUUGAUGCGCCUGUUCGCAGCGCCGGUCCUGGAGAGGUUCUCCUUCACAUAAAGGCGACUGGAAUCUGCGGCUCCGAUAUUCAUUUCUGGAAGACCGGAUGCAUUGGAUCCCUUGUUGUCGAGGGCGACUGUAUUCUUGGCCAUGAGGCGUCCGGGGUAGUUUUGAAAUGCGGCGAGGGGGUCGAGAACUUGAAAGUUGGUGACAGAGUCGCGGUAGAACCCGGCGUGCCAUGCAAUAACUGCUUCCUCUGCCAGGAGGGCAGGUACAACCUCUGCGAAGAUGUGCAGUUUGCUGGAGUCUAUCCUUAUCAGGGAACUCUGCAGCGGUACAAGGUGCAUCCCGCGAAGUGGCUAUACAAGAUUCCCGACAAUAUUACCUUCGAGGAAGCCGCACUUCUCGAGCCCCUCAGUGUCGUUCUCCACGGUAUUAAGACCACAGGACUUAGCCUUGGGAAGGGUGUUUUAGUUUGCGGAGCAGGUCCCAUCGGCCUCAUCGCUCUCGCUGCUGCGCGCGCUUCAGGGGCCCACCCGAUCGUUAUAACUGACGUUGAGCCGAAACGGCUCGCUUUCGCGAAAGAUUUUGUCCCGAGCGCCAUUACAUAUCAAGUGAACACAAAGAUAGACGCUCAAAGCAACGCCCAGGAAAUAAGGAAGCUGUUUGGUGCGGAGAAUAACGAGUAUCAGGCUCCUCCAGCUGUUCUUGAGUGUACUGGUAUCGAGAGCAGUGUGUGCACCUCGGCGUACGCUGUUCGUCGAGGUGGUGUAGUUUGUGUUAUCGGUGUUGGCCGGGCCAUAAUGAAUAACCUGCCCUUUAUGCACAUUUCCCUAGCAGAGAUUGACCUCCGCUUCAUAAACCGGUACCGAGACACUUGGCCUGCGGGCAUCGCUUGCCUCAGUGGCGGAAUCUUGGACCUCAAGAAGCUGGUGACCCAUAGGUUUACCCUUGAACAGGCCGACUGUGCGAUGAACUUGUGCUCUGAUGUUACCAAGGGUAGCAUUAAGGUGCAGAUUAUCGAUGACGUUGACGCGGCGGUAUUGGAGUAG